AUGGCAUCGAAACAGACGUUGACAGAUUUCGUGCGUCGCGAUGAGCAUGCAGCGUCCACCGAGCGGUCGCUCGAUCGGUACAAGGUACCAACAAAGUUGCCGCACAAUCGUCAGAACAAGCAGUCUACAAGUAACGCACAAGCUGCUCACAGGAACAACGGUGUGGCCGAUGUCACGCGUCAUCCUGCUGUAGCUAAAGAUACUGAACCAAAGCACUUCUACGACACGGAUGACAGCAGCAUUGACAGAGAGUCGACGAUCGCCAGCGUUCAGCUACCUCAUGAAGCUCAGCAACGCGAAGCAAGCCAUCAGCAGCAGAAACUGAAGCCCAAAUAUGCUCCUGGUAGUCCACUCCAUUCUGAUGAGGAGUAUGUGACCGAACCCGAAGACCUGGCGGAUGAUCCUCUGAGCCGAGCAGCACCGCAGAAGCGAAAGAGCUCCCACCACCACAACGAUGAAACGGCUACACCACGUCCAGAUGGUGGUGCGGGUGUCUCCUACGCCGAGAUGGAGCAACAUACAGCAUCAACCACUGAGUUGCGGUCUCAGAUGCCAACACACAUAUCCGGCAGACGACAUCAGCCGCAAGAAUAUGGGCAGGGUCAAGCACAGACGCGCCAGCGCAACACCGAGUCCAGAAACGAGAAUGUUGUUCCAUAUAGCCACCCGUUGUCUCGUAAUCCAGCAGAUGCGACGCAGAACACUUUGCAACAAAUGGCUUGUGGCUACAGAACCGCACCUCGUGGUCCGAAGAAUGCUCAAGCAGAGCCAAAGGCUAUCUGGAACCAACCACGCCAGACGUCUCAUGGCGAGGAAGAGGGGCAGGGUGCUGGCCAAGUAGCGACGCAACUUCCGAAGCAACGAGAACCCCAGCGACGGAGCUUGCCAAAGCAAAAGCCACAGCCUCCAGUGGUCAGGGCUUCAUACGCGAGAGAUGCUCCGCAAACCGACUUUAGCCUCUUGAAGCCUCAGUCGCAGGCAAAUGGCUUUUCGGCAGUGCCUGGUUGGCAGCAACGAGUCGAGACAGGCAACUUCCACAACCACUAUUCGCCACAGGGUGAAGGCGAGCAAGACAGCAGCCCACCCGCUGCAGGAGACGAUGCUGAUGCAGACCUUGACAUCGACCUACCUGAGCUUUACGGACUUUCUUACGCCGACCUCAAAUCGGCAGAAUUUGAUCAGAACCCGCGAAUAUCACAACUGCCUGGGCAGGGGGAAACCCUGUCAAAGGAUCUUGAAUCGAUGCUCACCAAGGGAUCAAAGGACCAGAUCGAGUACUUCAGCACACUCAAUAUCGUUGUGUGGGAGGAAGCAGGAGACUGGUUUCUAGGUCGCUACAGCGAGGUUGUUAAGAAGCUCAAGGCCGCCCGUCAGGAGAAGCGCAAGGCGGCUCGUCUGUUCGAAGAUGAGAUUGAAGCACGCCAUGAAGCUGUAAGCAUGAAGCGGCAGCAGACGGAGGCGGCCCUUGGAGACAUGAAGGCCAGUGGUGCUCAGGUGCUGCAGGGAACACCUAAGAAGGCGAAGAAGGCUAUGUGA